CAUGAGACGCCAGUUUUGACCCUAUCUUCCUUCACCGUUGCUUGACGUUGUUCAUCUCCAGCACUCGCCGUUAUUUGCCGUAUCCUGCUAGGUCUCUAUCUGAUUUAACUCCGUCUAUUUUAACAUCGUUCGUUACUUUCCUCUCAGUCGCUGCCUUCCUCUCUCUCAAAAAUGGGGAUCGAAUAUGCAAGCCUGUUUUCGGUGGAUUUUGAGCCUCCCCUUUUAGGUCGGUGACAGAUCAAUGAUAUAGAUGCCAUCAUUUGCUGCUCUGUGGAUGCACUAAUGUCUGUUGAUUAUUGUGGUUGGAAGUUUUGAGCCUUUAAAAAUGAAGAGACUAAUGAGUUGCUUGUUUGGCUUUGUUGAUUGAUUAGGGCCUUUUUUUCAUUUCAACUUUUGUGUGUGUCUAUUAGUCAUGAUGUUGUUGAUGAGUUUUUAGUUACUGUGGUGGGCUUACAUCAAAAUUCAGAAGCAAGAAGAAUAGAAGAGAAGGAAAAGGAAAAACAUGGGGGAGGCACUCAUCACAACCUUGUCAAUGGAGAACUAUCAUCCAUCUACGCUUUUGUCCAUGGAUUCAGGUUCACUGCAACAUGAUGAAUUUGAGAGAGAAAUGAAUCGGUCGGUUAUUCUUUCACGGCCCCCUGAUAUCAAUCUUCCAUUGUCAUCUGAGCCAAGUCCACCUCCUUCCCUGGCUUGGGAUUUUCCAUGUGACAUCUUAGAUGUUAGUCUUGCACCGCAAACUUAUGAGGUUGAGACUGUAGUUAAUGUUCCAAAAGCUGCAAAGAAAUGCACAAAACGGCUUGAUAGCAUUUGGGGUGCCUGGUUUUUUUUUAGUUUCUAUUUCAAGCCUGUUCUUAAUGAGAAAUCAAAAUGCAAGGUAAUUAGGGAUGGUGAUGGUGUGUCUGCAUGUGAGAAAUCAGAUUUGCAGCUUGAUUCUUUCUUGGUUCAGCAUGACAUGGAGAACAUUUACAUGUGGGUCUUCAAGGAAAGGCCUGAAAAUGCCUUGGGUAAGAUGCAGCUGAGGAGUUACAUGAAUGGGCACUCUCGCCAAGGGGAACGCCCUUUUCCAUUCAGUGUUGAUAAGGGUUUUGUUCGGUCUCAUAGGAUGCAGAGGAAGUACUACAGGGGUCUUUCUAAUCCUCAAUGUGUUCAUGGUAUAGAAAUUGUGAGAUCACCCAAUCUCAUGAGUCUUGAUGAAGAAGAGAAGAAGAGGUGGGUGGAUCUUACAGGUCGAGACAUAAAUUUCACAAUUCCUCCUGAAGCAAGUGACUUUGGUUCCUGGAGGAACCUUCCGAACCCAGAAUUUGAGCUUGAGCGACCCCUUCAUCCAUUAAAGACUAAUGGAAAUUCUUACCUCGGAAAAUUGCUUAAUGGCACUGGUUUGAACCUGUCUACUCAGUCAUCAGAUCAUAGAAAUGGUGGGAACAUGGACCCUUCUCCUGUCUGCCACAAGCGGAAAAAAGACUAUUUGCCGCAUGGACAUGAUGAUGAAUGUUUUGCUAACAAUUCUCAUGGUGACAGAGUUGAUAUGAAUAUCCAUCCAGUUGAGCCAGCAUGGAUAAAUGAAUUCAGCGGAGUAAUGAAGAAUGUAUAUGGGCCUGUUACAGCAGCCAAAACAAUAUAUGAAGAUGAUCAAGCAUUUUUAAUCAUCAUCAGCCUGCCUUUUGCAGAUCUUCAAAGGGUGAAAGUCACCUGGAGGAACACCAAGUUACAUGGAAUUGUGAAGAUAGCUUGUAUAAGUACAGCCUGCAUGCCUUUCAUUAAGAGACAUGAUAGGACAUUUAAGCUAACAGAUCCAACACCAGAGCACUGCCCUCCAGGGGAGUUCAUUAGAGAAAUUCCCCUUCCGAACCGCAUUCCUGAAGAUGCUAAACUUGAAGCAUAUCGUGAUGAGACUGGUACAAUGCUUGAAAUUAUUGUCCCUAAACAUCGUGUAGGACCGGAAGAACAUGAAGUCCAGGUAUGCCUUCGCCCUCUCCUUGGAGCGAAUGGGCAUUUGUCAACCUGAAAGAGUAAUUAUUUUAAUGAUGUGAGGACGGUUAGAGUAGUUAGUGCUUCAUUGUUUCCUAACUUCAUUUCAUAAAGGAAAUCUAUUAAAAUGAUAAUUUGCAUUUUUUUUUUAUUCUGGAUUACAUUUUUUCAUCCGGACAUAACCCCUGUGGAUUCAAUUUGUAAAUAGACUUCAUUCUUCACUAGGCAAACUAUCCUUGCUAUGGAAAAAAAUAUACAUAUAUAUCCUAUCGAAUAAAGGGCAAAAUUUGCAUUGGCA